UCCCCACCAUCAGAUUCAUCCGCCCUCAUCAGCCGAUUGGUUCAUUUCCUUCUUCCUCCCGUGCCCAUUUCACAGAACCAGAGGCUCCCGUCUUUCCCUCCUCAGCUCCCUUCAGGGCACCCUGGAAAGAGCAAGUCCAGUCUUCCGAUUUUCUUUCGCUGAAUUUUCCACAAUCCCAGACCCUUUUCUACUCACACUCAGUUCAUCUCUCUUUGCCCAAAUUUCCCGCCUUCCUUUCUCACUCUCGGACCAUUCGUCCCCCACUCCGUCCCCGCGAGUUUCGCAUCCCUUCGAUUUCUUUCCGCAGGAUUGCUUCUAGCUGCUUCAAAUGUACUCUAAUCCAUUUGUCCUUACUUUUGCUCUUCUCCUAUCUCUUCCUAUCGUCUUCUUACUCGCCCCUCGUGUCCUUCCCCCUCGCCGCAGUUCCGUCCCUAUUUCCCUCGACGACGAACUUGAUGAUCUUUCUCUCUUCAAUCGCGCCGCUUCACAAUCUUCUUCCAAUGCUAACAAUCCCUCCAAAGUUUUCCAUCUUUCUUCUUCAAAAAAUCCAAAGCUGAAGCUUGCCUUUCUCUUCCUCACAAACUCUGACCUACAUUUCGCUCCUCUUUGGGAUCGCUUCUUCGAUGGCACCUCCACCAAUCUGUACAACAUCUACGUCCAUGCGGAUCCCACUGUGAACGUUACACGCCCCACUAGUGGUGUGUUCCGAGGGCGAUUUAUCGCAGCGAGGCGAACCCACCGUGCUUCUCCCACUCUCAUCUCCGCAACGCGCCGACUUCUGGCAACUGCUCUCCUCGACGACCCCGCCAAUGCCUACUUUGUCGUCCUCUCCCAGUACUGUAUACCUCUCCACUCUUUCAGAUAUGUGUAUCGUUCCCUAUUUGUAUCCUCUACAUUCGAUCUAACCUCACCUGAAUCCGAUUCCGCCUUGUCUCGCCUGGGUGUUCGGGAGAGGUACCGGAGUUUUAUAGAGAUAAUCUCCAAUGAGCCCCGCCUUUGGAAGCGAUACAUUGCCAGAGGUCGAUUUGCGAUGACGCCGGAGGUGUCAUUCGAACAAUUCCGUGUGGGAUCUCAGUUUUUCGCGCUCACUCGACGGCAUGCAUUGGUGGUGAUCAAAGAUCGCGCCCUAUGGAGGAAAUUCAAAUUACCGUGUUACAACGAGUGCUACCCUGAGGAACAUUAUUUUCCUACCUUGUUAUCAAUGGUGGAUCCCGAUGGCUGCACCAAAUAUACACUCACGCGAGUUAAUUGGACUGGUACAGUGAAUGGCCACCCUUACACGUACCGGCCUGCCGAAGUAUCAAAGGAGCUCAUUUAUCGAUUACGGGAAUCAAAUCAGUCAGAUUCUUAUUUGUUUGCCCGUAAAUUUGCCUCUGAUAGCUUGCAGCCAUUGAUUCGGUUAGCUAAAUCAGUCAUUUUCAAGGACUGAAAUAUGCUUUGGGUGUAAAGAUCAGUGAAGAAUCUUAGUAUGGCGAAUUAGUUUUGCGUACUGUUGGAGCAGCUUGACGUGGCGUAUAUGGUUUUGAAGAGGCAUGAACAGCCCACAACCUGUGUUAGCCCAGAACACUCCAACCGAGCGACUGAGAAACGGGAUGAGGAAUCAAAGGAGGAAACAGAGGAACAGAUAGGCACCUUCGUGAGUUUGAAUGAAAGGCAGUACUGUAGACAAGUGUAUAAUAGUAGAUAUAAGAAAAAAAGAGUGAGUGGCCAUAGAAAGACGAUGGUAGUCAUGAGUGACUUGUUUUGUAGAGUGGUGUUGCUCUCACACCCUUUACUGAAUUGUUUAUAGCCAAAAUUCACACUUGUGUUUUUAUAGUCAGUGCGUGAAUUCAAUCAUUA